ACACACGGACUCAAAAUUCAAUGGAUUUUAUGUGCCUUGUUAUCUCCAUUUUACUUUUUUCUUGGUGCAGGGAAUGUCAGAGCUUUUUCAAAAGCAGUGCAACAGAAAACAAUUGCCAUGGAGAUUUUGUAUCAGAAACCUACACCUUAUCUUCACUCAAAAAGAGGAUCCAAACAGAAAACAAAGAAAAACUUGCUAAGAUGUGGAACUGUCUUGAUUCAAAUGAAGAACCAUGCUCCAUAAAUGUAACAAAAAGAGAUGGAAUAGCACGUUUCUGUUACACAGAUAUGUGUUUUAAACUCAAACAAAGUAGAAACAACUCUAAAGUGAAAAAUCAAAUUAGAAUUGAAAUGUGCAUCAGAGAAAAAGAAUGUCAUGCAUAUGUAAAAAAGAAUUAUUUUACUGGACUGAUAAAUCAGGAGCUUCCGUGUUCAAUUACGCAAUCGGAAUCAAACUUUGCACGUGACACAAGAAAAAAUAUCAUUAGAGGUACUCAUACAGUGCAUCAAGAUCAACGUCUUCUCUUUAUUUUACUUGUUGCUUGGUGUUCGGAUUGCCGUACAGAUAAGAGAUCAAACUCUGAUGUUAGAGACCAAGAAAAGAACAAUUUAGUACUAAAUAAAAUUCUCGAAGACAAAAUACCAUCAAAUGAUUUGUGGACAUGUUUAAACAAUGGAACAUGCCCGAUGACUGUUAGAAAAAGUCACAGUAACUCAUGUUUGUGUACUAGUGAUCUAUGUGCAACCACUGAAUGUUAUGUCACAGACAAAAAGAGUACGUUUGCAAUUCAGUGUAAAAUUGAGACGGAAUCGAAAUACUCUGAGGUUUGUAAAACAUACCCCAUGAUCGAGAAAUUCACAGGUAAGAGGAUCGAAACAUAAAAUCGGUUCAAAAGCAAACCUAUUAAAAAUAACCUCAAAAAGUUUGUGUUUCUAAAGUGCUACUUUUUCCUCACUGCCGUAAUCAUACAAAUUUAAACAAACUCGAUAUAAUAGCACUAGUCAAAAUCGAUAAAUGUUUGCAUGCAUUUUCUGUCUUUAAGGCAAAUAUUUUUUUUUCCAUUUUAAACAGUGUUGUUUGAAAGGAAAAGGAAAAACUAUAGUACUUUAUAUAAACCUUAGAAAAAUACAAUUUUAAAGAAUAUGAAAGAAAACAUGAACUACAAAAUAGCCUUUCAAGUUACUGCAUUUCGUUUACAGAUUUUGUAUUUCUAUAUGUUGAUAUUCUUGCAGAUUACUGUAAUGUGACUGAGACAGCCUGUUCGUUGUAUCUGGAUAAGCAUUUUUUGUUUGAAGGUGUACAAUUGCAGAUAACAAAUAACAUGAUUUCAACUACUUUGACAAACAUCGACGUCUUUUUGAAGUUAGCAGACAGCGUAACAAAAGACCACGGUCUGGAAAUGCCAUACACAUUUAGUUCAUAAUGAAUCAGAAAGAUACAAUUACGCAUAUUAUAGCAAAUAUUUUUUAUAUUUGUUGUAGGUACAUUGAAUCCCUUGUGUAAUAUUCUAGAUAAAAUCACUGAGAGCAGAUCGUUUUCCACGUCAGCAUCGAGUAA